CGACGGCGCAGACGGCGCCGGGGCCGUCGCCACGUGUAGAUAGUGCCAUACCAAACAACGCCACGCGUUUCGCCGGCUCUCCAAACACUUCUAACUGUGAUAAUAAACACCAAAUAACUCUCAUAGCACUAAACCAACAGUCAAUAUAGUUUUCUGGAAUUGAUUAAAACAGUAAACAACAUAUCCAUUAGAUACUUUUGUAACACUAGCAACAAUCCCUUAUCCUUGUGUAUUCAAACAAGCGGAAAGACUCACACUUCAAUAACCUGUACAAUGAAUCAGUGUUCCUGCGCAGUGAACGGCAAUCGCAAUAUGAAUUCGUCCCAUUUUCCAUAUAAUUAUGAAGGAAAGUAAACUCUAGUUGACAAACUUCCAAAUGGACUUGCCUUGAAGUGGGAUUGAAAAUGUUAAGUCGGUGGAAGAGUAAAGACAAGUCUGAGAAGAGCAAAUCCUCGAGCUCUAGUGGAAAGAAGAAACGGAAAGGAAGAGACAGUGAAAAUGAUUGGCGCGGCGAUGGAUCACGGAUGGAUGGCGGUCUGUCGGACGGCGAAGCGAGCCGCGGCCCCGCGCGCGGGCGCUCGUCUCGCCGGGACGACCCGCGCCGCCACACACUCGCUGGGAACCACCUCUAUGUGCAUCCGCACCACCCUUCGCAGCUUAAUUCGCACGAAAUGGAUCACUGGACGCCUGCUGGGCAGGUCCCACUUUACGCGCCUGAAUACGCGACGGUCAACAAAAGUCGUGAUAACAGGCAGAAUCGUAUUGUUGACGCAAGGGCUCUAAAGCCACCAUUGCCGCGAGGCUACCCGCCGCCGAACAGCGCCAUGCUAUUCGAUGACGACCCGGGUAUCAUGUCGGAGGUGGAGACGGCCUCCACGGGGUUCCGUCGUGGUGGCAAGCAGCGAUCCUCGCUACCUGUCGUGCGGACACCCAGCAAAACGUUGGAGCGCCCGCUGGGGUUGGUGUUCCUGCAAUAUCGCAGCGAGACCAAGCGGGCACUGCUUCCAAACGAGAUCACUUCCAUAGACACCGUAAAAGCACUCUUCGUGAGGAGCUUUCCCAAACAGCUCACCAUGCAGUACAUGGAUAGUCCCAUGGUGAAAAUCUACAUACAUGACUCUUCGAAGGACAUGUUUUACGAAUUAGAAGACGUGAGAGCUCACCUCCGCGACAUCCGCGACCGCUCGGUGCUGCGGCUGUUCGAGGCGACGGACAUGGGCGGCGGUGUGUUCCCGGGCGCCGUCGGCGUCGGCUCGCUGGCCAUGCCGCCCGGCGCCGCCACCUGCUCCGGCCCUCCGAGCUGGGAACAGGAUCAAAGCUACUUCAGCGAGCCGGAGAUAGACUCGGAGUACCACCAUCAACACGUGCAUAAGACUAAGGUGAAAGCUCCAGCGUACUACAUGGGCACGGCGGCGCCCAGCACGCUGCCGCGCGGCGGCUCGCUGCUGCGCGCCUUCUCUCCCGCUGCGCCGCCCGUGCCCGCUGACCGCGCCACCACGCUCCCAGGCGCCGGUCCAACGCCCGUCAAGCCCUUGCGCACAUACACGAUGGGCAGCGGGUCGGAGCGCAGCUUCCCGUUGGCCCCGCUGUGCCCGCGGGGAGCGGAACAGCUCUACACCAUCCCGGGACACGGCAACGAGGGGUACAUGUCGUCGCCGGAGCGCGGCUCGGCGCGGGCGCCCUACGAGGACCCCUACUACACGCAGUUCCUGGGCCCGGCGGCCGGUCGCGCCAACAUCACCCCCGUCAUCGACGAAGAGACCAGCGAGGGCGUGGUCAUCGAUGACGCGUACCAGAUGUACGGCGUGAACGCCGUCGGCGGCGCGCCGCGGCCCAUGCCGCGUCCGCCUUAUGAUGCCAGACUUAAUCCCCAAGUGGAAGAUAUACAACGACUCCGAGUCGAAAAAAUGGAGAGACAGCUAGCAAAUUUGACGGGCCUCGUUCAGAAAGCGCUCCAAGUGCCAGGCGCCGCGCCCGCGCCCGCCGCGGCCGCCGCCCCCGCCGCCGCGCCGCGGCAGCAGUUCCAGCCGUACCAGCCUCGGUCCAACGCUCAAGAUGCCGCACGAUUUCCCGGCAACGACCGACCUCCAAAAUUAGGGAGGGACAAAUUUCAAAAAUCAGUGUCAUUUGAGAAAUCGGUAUCCUUUAGCGAUGACCCACCAGAUAUGAACUCACCCAUUCAACAUUCGCCCCAACAUUCAGCUGAUACAAAGCCAACAAAACCGGCAAUCAAGUCGUCGACAUUGCCAAGGACCUCGUCGCAAGAAACGGUUGCAGAGCGCGACCGGCUGAAGCCAGCGCCGCCGCCCAAGCCGGCGGGGCUGGUGGGCCAGCAGCUGGCGCUGGUGUCGCAGAAGAUAUACACCAUCAACGUCACGCCCGACUUCUUCAAUGACAUGCGCGUGUUGCAGAAGCAGAGCCGUGAUUUAAGGAUUGAGACUCGAAAUUUACGACGGUCGACGCUGUCACACGCCAUUCAGAUGAGGCAGUUGAUGGCCGACACCAUCGUCAAAAUAGGCGCCCUCGCCGCGAGCUUCUAUGAACGCGACCCGGAAUCGCAACUCACGCGUGAAGAGGAAAUCUACCGGCAAGACAUGCUCCUAUUGGAGAAUGACUUGUACGAGCUGGAGGCUACUGUUGAACGACUUCGCGGUCAGGCUGCUAACAGGGAGACCCGUGUCAAUAUGGCAGAUAUCGAACGCAUAGCCAUGGUGCUGUCAAAGAGCAGCAAAACUGUCGCCGACUGGAAACUCAAGUUCCCAAUUCUACAAGAUACGAUGAAAGUUAAAUUGGCUUCGGAGAUGGAAAAGGUGGUGCGCAAAGAAAAAAUGCUAGAAGAGGAGCCAGAACGUCUCGAACUAGCUUUGCGUCGAUGUAAAAAACUUACUGGGACAUUAGUGACCCUAAAAAGGCUGGCGUGCGUGCAGGAGCAGCGGCUGCCCGCGGCCGACGGGCGCGUGUCGCCCGGCUCCUCGCAGGGCUCCAGCUUCACCGCCGGGCCCUCCUCCGACGACUUCGCCUCCGACACCCCCCCGCAUAUUAUACAACCCUCCAAUAAGGGCACCGGCAGCGGGCGAGGGACUGCGGCCCGGGGAGCAGCGGAGCUGCGGCCAGAGAACGCCCUCGACGCGCUACUAGACGAGCUGCAGACGUUCGCCAAGCCCGCGGAGCGCGGCGGCAGGGGCGCGGGCGGUGGCGGCGGCGGCGGCGAGGGCCCCCUGCGCCGCCUGCACUCGUACCCCAGCGGCAGCGACACGGACGCGUCGCCGCCGGUGCGCGCCCGAGGCCAGCACCCGCCCAAGCCGCCUGUGCCCGAGCGGCACCCCGAGCUGCUCGCGCUCGCCGCGCGCCGCGCGCCACCGCCUCCUCCGCCGCGCACCACUUCGCGCUCACCGCUAGCUUCGCCCACCUCUCCUUCCUCGCCACCGAAUGCAGAUUCCUCACCUCCAGAUUCUAACCUUAACGAGGAGAAGACAGCUUUACGGCAAUCUCUUCUCGAACAACGACACCAGGAGCUCCUAAAAAAACAAAAAGCGCUUCAAGAACAGUAUGCACGACUACAGAUGAUUCAACGUAGCGGACCGUCACUUCCACCAACGGCGCAGCCUGAUUUGAAAAAAACUGGCAGUGAAUCAAAUUUACUUACUAAAAUGAACCUAAAUCUAGCCACAACUAAUAUUUCCGGUAGCAUGACACACUUAGCGUGUGACGGUGAUCAUCCAAAACCGACGCAGAACGCUACCGCGCCUUCGGACUUAGAGAGGCCACCUGCGUCGGAUACUAUAGCCACAACCAAUAAAGUUUAUGAGACUGAUAUUCUGUGACCCUGCAGCAGUUAUUUUAUAUCUGUAUAAUAGUUUAUCUACUUCAGGUUAGUGCUUCCGAAAUGUAGGAAGAACAAGAACAUGCCUACGGUUAUUAAAAGUGUGGUCGAACGCAGUUACACUUACCACCAGCGUAGUACUGCUGGUAAACAGCGUUCGUACUCAACCCUAUUUAUUUGUUUGAUAGUAAGGGGCAGAAGACAGAUCGGCAUUGUUAAUAUAAUAUCGUAUUGUCGGUGAUCAGUGAGCACGAACAAAUGCAAAUUAAAAUUUACCUGUAGAUUACUAGUAUAAUACAGGACAUACACAUCAGGUAAAUUUAAAUUUGUAUUCAAUGCAUGUAAAAUAUUAUGAAAGCUUUAAAAGUAAAUUCUUAAAGCACGGUUAUUUUGUAUUAAAUAAUUUUCGAUAGCCAUUCGGACUUAACUAUUUAGAAAAAGAACGCUUUUGUUCAAGAGAUCAGAAUCAAAGACCGAUUGCCCGAGUUAGCUAUAGGUAUUAUAGUUAUUUAUUAUUGUUACUUUAAACAAGGUGUUUUACUAUUAUAUUGCGUGUUACUUUAGGUGUGCCACACACCUUCUUAUGUUAAUUGGUAAUAAAUAUGUCAUCAAUACAAAAGUGAAAGGUAUCAACCACAGAUGUAGUGCGAAAAGGGUUUCCUUUGGAAACGUUCGUAUUUGUCAUGCUAGUUCAGUCAAUGUCAGUACAGUACAUCUUGUACGGAGACUGACUGAAAUAGCAAGACACGUUCGUACGUUUCCGUAACAAUACGAAGGCAAUUCUUUUCGCACUACAUCUGUACGCAAUAACUGAAGUUAAAAAAAUAUCACGUCACGUAAAUCGAAGUCAAUCUUUUUAUGAUGAACCGUCACAUUCAUAUUGCCUAAAAUAUUUAUUCAAGAUAUCGCACAGCAUAUAUGAAUAAAGUAUUGCGAAUAAAUGUAUGUAGUGCAAUUUGACACAGCGCCCGAAACAUUAACAUGAGUAAUAGCCUAAUAAAUCAUAGGAGGCACGAGUAUGAUGCUUCAAGCACGUGUGGCUAAGUAGAAAAUCCAAUUAAACAUUCCAACAGAACAAAACAAAGCUUUAUAAGUACUCUGAUCGGUUCGGACACUGUGGCCAAAUGUUUACAAUGUUAAACUUUAUGUUCAGCCGCAUAGUGAAAAUAUGUAAUGUAUAGAUAAUUUUGUGAACAUAUAGAUAACCGUUGCAAUUAUUUUAUAUGACACAGUCAUAUGAAUUUUUGAUAAGAUAAGAACUCUCUUAACUUUGAAUCUAUUUUCGACCCCGCAUUACUAGUUAUAUUUUUUUAUUAUUGUAAGCUAACAAAAGUGCAACUAAAUUUAAUGAAAUUCGUUGGUAUAAAAGUUUUUUAAAUAUUUGGUAUUGAAACUGAUCUGUAAGUAUGCAUUUCGCACAUUUCUGCAUUUGCACAUAGCGUGCACAGUGUCACAUGACUCGAGGAACCCGGCACUAGCCAGUCAACACGCUGUUUG